AUGUAUUAUAGAGGAGCUAAUGCAGCAAUUUUGGUGUAUGAUAUUACAUCCGAGGAAAGUUUUCUAGAUAUGAAUUCUUGGAUUGAAGCUCCAGAUCGACGAGUUAUACCAUUAAAGAGAACACAGGAUUAUGUUUCACGUAUUUUAGGAAAUAAUUUUAGUGUACAUGAAGCAUCAGCCAAAGAUGAUAAAGAACUUGGAAUUAAUUUUGGACAUAUAAAAACCAAAAGUUUGGCAGUGUUGAAUCCGCUUAAAACAAUCGAUAAACAUAUAAUGGAUGAUACCGAUUUAGCAGGACCGCUUAUAUAUUGUUUAAUAUUUGGUGUUUCUUUAUUACUGACAGGGAAAGCGCACUUUGGAUACAUCUAUGGCGUGGCACUUCUUGGAUGGUUAUCUAUUUAUUUAAUAUUGAAUCUUAUGAGUGAUUUAGAAAUAGAUAUAUAUCGUACAGCAAGUGUAUUAGGUUAUUGUCUAUUGCCUUUAACAUUAUUAAGUUGUAUUGGUAUUGGUAUACCCCUAUGGUAA